UUAAAAUAAUUUUAAUAAUUUGUUUAAGUUUUGGGUUUCUAAAGACUUCACAGGCAUUUUGGAAUAUGCAAGAAUUCUUACAGGAAUAUUUACCUUUUACCCAGAAAGAAAGCAUUAUAAAGAAAACUGCCAUUACUAAAGAACUUAAAGAGGUGUGUGAUGAAAAGCAAUUAGUUUUACAAUUGGCACGCUUGUAUGUCACCAGUCCUGAACGUAUUAUUUUAUUAUUAUCAAGGAAAUCUUUAAGCAAAGAGUGUUUAGAGGUGGCGGAUGUAUUGCAGCAUAUAAAUGCCACUAUAUCGGUUAGCAUACCUUUGCCAGCGGCUAAUCUUUAUAUGAAACUUUAUAAUGGUUUGGAUUAUUAUAAUUCAUAUGUUUGUCUUUAUAAUCCGAAUACUAGGGGAAAUCAUCUCACCACUUAUCAUGAAUGCUUAACAGAACUGCAUGAAGAUUUACUAGAUUGUGAGGGUCCGCCCGAUUGGUUUGAAAAAUCCAAUGAAGCUAUAGUUUGCCAAUAUUACAAUGAAAUUAUAAACUGUUAUUAUAUUAAAGCAGCCCUGCUAUGUGGCUUAAAACCAGCUUUAAUGCUGCGUUCCUUUUCAAAUGAAAUCAUGAAAAGAAUAGUAACGGUAACAAGUUUUAUUAAAGGUUUUUUUAUGUUUAUUAAUUAAUGCAAUUACAAUUGGUUCGUUAGUUGUUGUUUUUAGAAAAUAGUUUCUUCUGUUUUUUUUUUGUUGUCUUUAAUAUAUAAUUUAUGUAUAAUUGUUUUAUAAUUUUUUUUUUAUAUAAUUCUUUUUAAUUCGUUUAGUUUAAAUGUAAAAUUUCAAGAUCACUGCCUCAAAUCGAUGA